UGUAUUUUGCACGAUUGUGGUUGUACGCAUUGAAAACUGGAGCGGCCGGUUGUUUGGUUGGCUCCAGCAUCGGGGAUAGACAUACACGGCGCGCGGGCGCGACACUAACGCGCGGCUUUUGCGCUCCCAGAGUCAGCCGCGCGGCCCCUUGGCUGCCCGGCGCGUGCUGAUGGCCUUGCAGAAGCCGAUUGCCGCGUUCCCGCUCAACAGGCCAGCCCCGGGGUACACCGCUCGACUGAAGUGCGUGUUCUUCGAGGCGAAGCAAGUGCAGCAUUUCGCGAAGGGCGUGGGGCGUUUCCUCGACCACACUGGUGCACCCAUUUGGUUCGAGCUCACUGGCCAGUCUACCCAGGACGUGUUGAUGAAGGCGCGCCUGUACCUCCCGGGCAAGGCGGGGACAUUCAGCAACGUGACGGUGAAGAGCAGCUCGUACUACAGCGGCGGCCGCGUGAUCAACCUGAACCCGAAGUCCAACGUGCGCUGCGUUGCCCUGGCGGGCGCCGACGCCUCCCAGCUACCUUCGGGGCCCGUGGCGCCUCGCGGGGGCCUGCGCGACGUGGGGAUGUGCAACGACGGGGAUCGAGUAGACGUCGUGGGCCGCGUGGUGGAGCAGAGGGCAGUGGCGUCGAUCAAAAAGGUCGAGGUCUGGCUGAAGGACGAGGAGAGCGGCAAGUCCAUUCUCGUGGAGCUGUGGGGCGACACGUUCUACGACAUGGUGAAGGAGGCCCACGGCCUGGGAGACGUUGAGGAAGAGGCAGACCCCGUCGUGUUGCAGGUGGAGAACGCGCGCGUCGUGAGGAAGGAGUCCGGCCAGGUCCACCUGACUGCCGAGUUCUUCAAGGAUUCCCAGAACGCAUGUGCUUGGGCGCAUUUGCAGCCGCGCCACCAGAAGGCCGAGGAGCUGAGAGCCCUGAGCGCCACGGUGGGCGAACGCAUGUCUGCGGUGUGGGCCCCGAGCGGCGCGGUGGUGCGCAUGCAGAGCCCGAAGCAGGGUUUGUACAAGACUUGCCUGCGCACAUUGAAGACCUGCUCCCUCUCGUGGACGGAAAGUGCCGACGCAGCAAGCCCGCCGAACGCCGUGAUGGAGGCAUCCACCCAGUCGCCCGUUUCCGGGGGCCGGCCACUGCCCGCCGAGGUGCAGGUAGAGGUGCACGGCGCGUGGCUCACGGGCGUCUCCAACCCCGACCCCGUGUACACGAAGUGCAAGCACUGCCGCACCAAGAUCAACCCGGAGGGCAACUGCAAGCAUUUCAUGAAGCACCGGCCAGAGCCAGACACAAACAAAUCCGCUUUGAGCUCUGUGACCCUGGGGGAUUUCACGGGCGGCAUGGACGACAUCUUGGCGGACGAGAACAGCCUGGUCGCGCUCGCCGGCGUCGCGAACCUCGACGAGUUGCAGCAGUUGAUAGAGCAGCGCACUGUCGCAGGCAUGUGCUUCCAGGUCCGAUGCGACGUCGUCCUCGGCGCCAACCGUGAGAAGGUGGCCAGGCUAUCGCAGGCCAAGCAGAGCCGGUCGGACGACGCUCGCGCGGAGUGCAACUUCGCCAUAUUGAAGGUGACGCCAGCGCUGAUGGUGCCCUGGGGCGCGCCCCGGCGGCCCGCCCUCAAGCAAGUGUUGUCGCUCGUCGCAGACCACGGCGCGGGCGCCGUCCUUCCGGUCUCCAACCUCGCGACGGACCUGACGGACACGUUGUCCACCGCCAAGUGCAAGCAGACCGGCUGCGUCGCCGAGUGCGUCAUGGUCCUGGCGCGCGCCCGGGGUGAGCCGACGCGCGCGGACCUCGGCGACAUGGAAGAGAUCACGCACGAGGAGGUCGUGUCCACUGUCGCGGACGGCGCCGACGACCCCGCCCCGUUCCGCCUGGAGAUGCUGGUGCCCAAGAGUCGGGCGGGCGCGUCGCUCAUGGAUGAGGAGGACGUGGACUACCUCGUCGUCGGCCGCCCGCAGGGAUCCAACCUCGCGUGGACGCUCGUGGCCGAGAACAUUUUCUCGUGCAAGGACAUGCCGGACGUUCGCAGCACUUUCAAGGAGGAGCUCCAGGGCUGUCGCGAACUGUUGGUGUCCAAGAAGACGUCGCUCGCGGGAAAGCGGUCGGCCAAGGAGUUGAUCACUGAGACGCCUACGAAAGUCCGGUGCGUCCAGGAGACCAAGUAG